AUGAGUGAGCAGUGUGCUGCAGCUGCCAAGAAAGCCAACACAGUCCGAGGCUGCAUCAACGGGGACAGCAUCAAGAUCACAGGAAGAGAUAGUACCACUCUUGAAAUGAAGCAGAAGCUCGAUGAAGAGGGUGACAAGUGCAGCAUCCUUUCCAAGCAACAUAGCUUUAAUGAGCGCUGCUGCAUACGUUGUUGCUGCCCUUUUACUUUUCUCAUCAAUACAAAACGACAAUGCCAAGACUGCAAAUACAAUAUCUGCAAGAACUGCAGCUCCUAUCAGAGAAAGGAGAAAGCUUGGAUCUGCAAUGUGUGCCAGCAAGCUAGACUUUUAAGGGCUCAAUCCCUGGAAUGGUACUACAAUAAUGUGAAAAGUCGCUUCAAGCGUUUUGGAAGCGCUAAAGUCUUAAAGAACCUGUACAGAAAACAUCAACUGGAGACUGGAGCUUAUUCAGACAUGCUAGAAGUAGGAAGUUUAUGCGAGGGGACUAUAGAAAAUGAAGGAAGCAUAUGUGGCAGUGACUCUACUUUCUACAGGCAGACGGAAGGACAUAGCAUGAUGGACAUCCUUGCUGUGGCUUUGCGUGUUGCAGAAGAAGCAAUAGAAGAAGCUAUAUGUAAGGCAGAAAUGUAUAGCAGCAACAGCUUGGACAAACAAAAUGAAGUUUGUUACUUGCAGGACCAUAAGGAAGAGUUGAUAGAAGAGCUGGCUACCACCAUUGUCCAGAAG